CUCUUGGAGGCAUCACCAGCCUCCUGAAUCCUGGGUGUGUGCAGGCAGCAGAACCCGUAGACAGGGGGAGAAAACACCAGCAACAUCGCAACGUGAGUCCAGCUGUGCCUGUCAUCUGUCACUUUGUCGGGAAACUUCUUCCAUUGCACAAUCGGGCGGGCUAAGAAUGGCGAACUGCCCGAGCUAGUUCCUGAAGAGGACCUCCAUUCAGGGGUGGACUGCCAAAAACUGCCAGGUUGAUCCCUCGCCCAGUCAGUCUGUCACAUCCUUGACGUCCGGGGGGAUCCAGGACCUCUGUGGAAAUGCAGACCUUCCUAAAAGGCCGCAGAGUCGGCUACUGGCUCAGCGAAAAGAAGAUGAAGAAGCUGAAUUUCCAUGCUUUUGCAGAUUUGUGCAGGAAAAGAGGGAUCGAGGUUGUUCAGCUGGACCUCAGCCAGCCUCUGGAGGAUCAGGGUCCCCUGGACGUCAUCAUCCACAAACUGACGGACCUCAUUCUGGAGGCGGACCAGAAUGAUUCCCAGGCUGUGCUGCUGGUGCAAAGAGUGCAGGACUACAUCGAUGCACAUCCUGAGACCAUAGUCCUCGAUCCCCUUCCAGCUAUCAGGACUCUGCUGGACCGUUGCAAGUCUUACCAGCUAAUCCACAGGAUAGAAAGCUGUAUGCAAGAUGAGAGGAUUCGCUCUCCUCCGUUCAUGGUACUCAACACAGAGUGCAGCCCGGACGUACUGGAGCAGAUCAGGAAACACGGACUCACAUUCCCCUUCAUUUGCAAAACACGAGUGGCUCACGGAACCAACUCUCAUGAGAUGGCCAUUAUCUUCAACGAGGACGACCUCAAGGACGUGAAGGCGCCCUGUGUGAUCCAGAGCUUCAUCAACCACAACGCAGUGCUUUACAAGGUGUUUGUGGUGGGCGACUCCUACACGGUGGUGGAGAGGCCCUCCCUCAAGAACUUCCCUGCUGGACCUGCAGACAGGAAAGCCAUUUUCUUCAACAGCCACAACGUUUCCAAGCCGGAGUCGUCCUCUGACCUGACCUCGAGGGACAACGUGGAGGGCGUGUCUCAGCCUCCCAGCGAUGACGUCAUCCGAGAACUGUCCCGGUCCUUGCGGCAGGCGCUGGGCGUGUCCUUGUUUGGCAUCGACGUCAUCAUUAAUAACCAAAGCGGCCAACAUGCUGUCAUUGACGUCAACGCCUUCCCUGGUUACGAAGGCGUCCCCGAGUUCUUCAACGACCUGCUCAACCACAUCAGCAGCGUCCUCCAGAGCCACAGCCCCCCCGACUUGAGUGCCCCAGGCCCCGCCUCCACUACGCCGGCCCCCGCCUGCUGCUGCUGCGGCGCCAACCCGUGGAUCGUGGAGGGCAACGCAGCAGGACUGAAGGGCCCGCGUCAGAGACUGGGCUGCAAUUCGCCCAACUUCCAGCAGCACUGCGUGUCCACGAUAGCCACCAAGGCUUCCUCCCAGUGACGUUACCACGGUGACAAAAACAAUAACAAUGAAUUAUAAUCAUAAUAAUUAUGAUGUUAUUGAUAAUAUAAUCUAAUCACAACCUUUUCCUUUGUAGUUUUUGCAAAUGAUGGUGAUUGGGUGUCAAGCUUUCUUUUCUCUCUGGGCUUUGAUUUUGUAUUUUUGCUCGUGUCUAAUGAGACUUUAUUAGUACUGUAAUGUGAAGCUGGCAAGUGUUUGCUACAGCCCAGCUUCUCGCUGGCAGCAAACACAUUCCUACUGGGAGCUGUUUGUCAGACAUGCCACUUGAUGUGCAAUGUAUGAUCCCUUUGUGUGUGUCUGUGUGCGUGCGAAUGACUCCCCUGCACAAAAGGCCCUACUCUCCAAUGUGAUUAAGUGGGAAAAAAAUGUUUCCUUGAUUUAAGUCCUUUUGAUCCUUAGCACUUGUGAGGCUGCAAUAAGUCCAGCGCCCCUGGAAGGUGAAACAUAUUGCACUUGAAGUUUGGAUGCAGUGUACACCACACAUAAUAAAGUGAUAAAAGAAACUCUCAAAGGUGUAAUGUGCGUACCUCCAAGCACAUAAAAAAACACUUAUCAGGAAAAUAGGGCCUAAAGUGAAUGGUUAGUUUGAAUGGAGAGAUGUUUGUGAGUGCCAUCACAGCUGAGAAGAAAAGCCUCGGUGUGACCAAUCGGAAGAUUCCAUCUCCAACAUUCCAUCUGUUUCCCACUCAGCAAGACUCCCACAGCACUUUUUUGUCUUCUUGUCUACUCUCCUGUGGACACAACUCUAUUUGUGUUCAGAAGAACAUUUAUUCCAACUCUUUAAGGAGAGUCAAUGAAGAAAGUAGCAAGAUGAUAGGUUGGACUUACACACACACAGUUGAACAGAAUGGUCUGCUGCUGUAAAGGACGCACUAAAAUCAAAUAGACUACUUCAAAGAACACAAUUGUAUUACAUUAGUAUAACAUACUACAAUUAGGAAUUAAAUUCAUCCCUGGUGUGGCAAAUUAUCUUUUUGUAUAUAUUUUUGGUUUACUAAGAUUGACUUCUUUUGCUGAGAUUUUAUGGAAGAGCGUGUUUUAUAUAAAAGUGGGCACGUGAACAAAGUGUUUACUGGCAACAAACAUGGUGUUAAAAGGGAUAGACGAACAUAAAACUGCCAAAUGUGGUUCCUGAGAAGGCUUGUUUCCCCAUUCAGUAGUGGGACCAUUUCACCAGCACUCAAUGUCAUUUUCAAGGAACCACACACUUCCUGGAGUGGGACUAACACACGCUUGUGUCUGAGUUGUGUACUUGGACAAGACAAAUAAUUGGUGAACCUCUGCACCCCAGCCUGCUUCCACCUCCAAAUGUUUACUCCUUGGGUGUCAUGUACAGUACGUGUAUGUAUAUAUAUACAGUACGCCUAAGCUUACAUGGUCCAGUGCCAUGCUGCAUUAUCAUUGUUGUAAUUCAACAGGAAUCCACAAAGCUCAAAUCAAACAAUUCAACUAACAGAUGCUGAAAUAAAUACGUGAAAAUGUGGUGUUUGUGUGUUGUG